UCCGUGCGUUCCCUAGAGACUGUCGGAGCUUAAUGGCUUCUGAAAGUCAGUGAUGCUUUCGUCUCAUUUAGUGUUGCUGGUCUAGGAGAGAUAAGUUUGUUGUGAAAUUCGAGCUCAGCUGGUAGAACAGCAAAAAUGCCUGGAACAGCAAACAGAGAUGAGAGUUCAGCUUCUCCAGGACCUGCAGGAUUUCUUCCGGAAAAAAGCUGAAAUUGAGACGGAAUAUUCUCGGAACCUAGAGAAGUUAGCAGAAAGGUUCAUGGCAAAAACAAGAAGCACUAAGGAUCACCAGCAGUACAAGAAAGACCAAAACUUGUUGUCUCCAGUGAACUGCUGGUAUCUGCUUCUGAACCAAGUGAGAAGAGAGAGCAAAGACCAUGCAACUUUGAGUGACAUCUAUCUGAACAAUGUGAUUAUGCGGUUCAUGCAGAUAAGUGAGGAUUCGACCAGGAUGUUUAAAAAGAGCAAAGAGAUUGCAUUCCAACUUCAUGAGGAUUUGAUGAAGGUUCUUAAUGAACUCUAUACGGUGAUGAAAACAUACCAUAUGUAUCAUGCAGAGAGCAUCAGUGCAGAGAGCAAGCUGAAAGAGGCUGAGAAACAAGAAGAAAAGCAAAUCGGAAGGUCUGGUGAUCCAGUCUUUCAUAUCAGACUGGAAGAGAGACAUCAGCGGCGAAGCUCUGUAAAGAAAAUUGAAAAAAUGAAAGAAAAAAGACAAGCAAAGUAUUCAGAAAAUAAGCUAAAAUCGAUUAAGGCACGGAAUGAGUAUCUCCUAACCCUUGAAGCAACCAAUGCCUCAGUUUUCAAGUAUUAUAUUCAUGAUCUUUCAGAUUUAAUUGACUGCUGUGAUCUUGGCUACCAUGCAAGUCUGAACAGAGCCCUGAGAACAUAUCUGUCUGCAGAGUAUAAUCUUGAAACUUCCAGACAUGAAGGCUUAGACAUUAUUGAGAAUGCAGUUGACAAUUUGGAGCCCAGGAGUGAUAAGCAGAGAUUCAUGGAGAUGUACCCUGCUGCAUUCUGUCCACCAAUGAAGUUUGAGUUUCAGUCUCACAUGGGUGAUGAGGUGUGUCAGGUCAGUGCCCAGCAGCCGGUCCAGGCCGAGCUCAUGCUCAGGUACCAGCAGCUGCAGUCCCGACUGGCCACGCUCAAAAUCGAGAAUGAGGAGGUUAAGAAAACGACCGAAGCCACCUUGCAGACCAUACAAGAUAUGGUCACCAUCGAGGACUACGAUGUCUCUGAAUGCUUCCAGCACAGCCGUUCCACAGAGUCUGUGAAGUCCACGGUCUCCGAGACCUACCUGAGUAAGCCCAGCAUUGCCAAGAGAAGAGCAAACCAGCAGGAGACGGAGCAGUUCUACUUCAUGAAACUCAGAGAAUAUUUGGAAGGUAGUAAUCUCAUCACAAAACUUCAAGCCAAACAUGACUUGUUGCAGAGGACCCUUGGAGAAGGUCAUAGAGCUGAAUAUAUGACUACAAGGCCUCCAAAUGUUCCCCCUAAGCCCCAGAAACACAGGAAGUCCAGACCCCGCUCACAGUAUAAUGCUAAGUUGUUUAAUGGGGAUUUGGAAACAUUCGUCAAGGACUCAGGACAGAUUAUCCCUCUCAUUGUGGAAAGCUGUAUUCGGUUCAUCAAUCUCUAUGGUCUUCAACAUCAGGGGAUUUUCAGAGUGUCUGGUUCCCAGGUGGAAGUCAAUGAUAUUAAAAAUUCAUUUGAGAGAGGUGAAAACCCUUUGGCUGAUGACCAGAGUAACCAUGAUAUUAACUCAGUUGCUGGCGUUCUGAAGCUCUAUUUCCGUGGGCUGGAAAACCCCCUCUUUCCUAAGGAAAGAUUUAAUGAUCUGAUUUCUUGUAUCAGAAUAGAUAAUCUCUAUGAGAGGGCGCUUCACAUCCGCAAACUCCUCCUGACCUUGCCUAGGUCCGUCCUUAUAGUGAUGAGGUACCUCUUUGCCUUCCUCAAUCACCUUUCGCAGUACAGUGACGAGAACAUGAUGGACCCGUAUAACCUGGCCAUUUGCUUUGGUCCCACAUUGAUGCCUGUCCCAGAAAUACAGGAUCAGGUGUCUUGCCAGGCUCAUGUGAAUGAAAUUGUCAAAACCAUCAUCAUCCACCAUGAAACUAUCUUUCCAGAUGCUAAGGAGCUGGAUGGCCCUGUUUAUGAGAAAUGUAUGGCUGGAGAUGACUACUGUGACAGCCCAUACAGUGAGCACGGUACAUUGGAGGAAGUGGAUCAGGACGCUGGUACAGAGCCCCACACCAGUGAAGACGAAUGUGAGCCAAUAGAAGCGAUAGCCAAGUUUGACUACGUGGGGCGAUCGGCCAGAGAACUGUCCUUCAAGAAGGGGGCCUCCCUGCUGCUGUAUCACCGCGCGUCCGAGGACUGGUGGGAAGGCAGGCACAACGGCAUCGACGGGCUCGUGCCGCACCAGUACAUCGUGGUACAAGAUAUGGAUGACACGUUUUCAGACACUCUGAGCCAAAAAGCUGACAGCGAGGCCAGCAGUGGGCCCGUCACUGAGGACAAGUCUUCGUCCAAGGACAUGAACUCCCCAACAGACCGACACCCUGACGGCUAUCUUGCCAGACAAAGAAAAAGAGGAGAGCCACCCCCUCCAGUAAGGCGUCCUGGCAGGACCAGCGAUGGCCAUUGCCCCUUGCACCCCCCACAUGCUCUUUCCAACUCCUCAGUUGACCUGGGGUCCCCAAGCCUGGGCAGUCACCCCCGGGGCCUGCUGCAGAACCGUGGCCUCACCAACGACAGUCCUGAGAGGAGGCGCAGGCCAGGCCAUGGCAGCCUGACCAAUAUCAGCCGGCAUGACUCCCUCAAGAAGAUUGACAGUCCUCCUAUUAGAAGGUCCACAUCGUCAGGGCAAUACACAGGCUUCAAUGACCACAAGCCAUUGGACCCAGAGACAAUCGCUCAGGAUAUCGAGGAGACGAUGAACACUGCUUUGAAUGAACUCCGAGAGCUGGAGAGACAGAGUACAGCAAAGCAUGCCCCCGAUGUGGUGCUGGAUACCUUAGAACAAGUGAAAAACGCUCCCACCCCCGCCACGUCCACGGAAUCUCUCAGCCCCCUGCACAACGUUGCCCUCAGGAGCUCGGAGCCGCAGAUUCGACGGAGCACCACCUCCUCCAGUGACACCAUGAGUACUUUCAAGCCUCUGGUGGCGCCCAGAAUGGGUGUGCAGCUGAAGCCGCCAGCCCUUCGGCCAAAACCUGCUGUUCUUCCGAAAACAAACCCUACUGUAGGACCUGCCCCACCUUCCCAAGGUCCAACAGACAAGUCUUGCACAAUGUAAAGACCAAGUGGGCAAGGUCAUCUGGGCUGGUGAUUUUAAAAGAAACAGAUCAGUGACAAAAGUCGGUGAUCCAUAACUUUCCUUAGUUUUGUGCUUACAACUGGAGAUUUUUGGCUUUUCUAUGUUCUCGAAUGUAAUGUCUGAGACUAGUUAAAUUAACACGGGCAUUUGUA